AUGGCGUCUAACCAACAAAGCUACAAAGCUGGUGAAACCAGGGGCAAGACUCAGGAGAAGACAGGACAAGCUAUGGGAGCAAUGAGGGACAAGGCUGAGGAAGGUAAGGACAAAACUUCCCAAACGGCCCAAACAGCCCAACAAAAGGCCCAUGAGACGGCACAGUCCGCGAAAGACAAGACAUCUCAAGCUGCCCAAAAGACUCAGCAAAAGGCUCAAGAAACGACUCAAUCAGCAAAAGACAAGACAUCUCAAGCUGCCCAGACGGCCCAAGACAAAGCCCGUGACACGAAGGACAAGACGGGGAGCUACAUGUCCGAGACAGGAGAAGCCAUAAAGCACAAGGCUCAAGACGCUGCUCAGUACACAAAGGAGACGGCUCAAGACGCGGCUCAGUACACGAAGGAGACUGCUGAAUCUGGUAGAGACAAGACCGGUGGGUUUAUAAGCCAGACUGGUGAACAUGUGAAGCAGAUGGCUAUGGGUGCAGCUGAUGCGGUGAAACACACUUUUGGGAUGGCUACCGAGGAAGAUGACAGGGAGCACUUUCCAGGCACAACUACUGGUACUACUCGGACCACUGAUACAACUCACCAGACUUAUCAGAGGAAGUAAAAACAAUAAGAGAACUAUAUAUGAUUGUGUCGUCCUUUUGUUUCUAUAAUGUCGCAUGUUUGGUCUUGUGAGUUUCUGUGUGUUUCUUUGUGUUUGUGGUUCUGUUUCGUUUCUUUCGUUCUGAACGGUGAUCCUGGAGACUUCUAAUUUCCAGCCAAUAAGUUUAGAAUUUGUUCCUGUCACACGUUUUGUAUCGUCCAAUUUGUAUUUUUGUUAUAAUAAAAAGUUAUC